AAGCUCGAGUCUUUGGAAUUACAAGAUUCUGCUAUAAAUAGAGUCUUCGGGGAUUAGAGUUCUAUAAGCUCGAGUCUUUGGAAUUUCAAGAUUCUGCUAUAAAGACAGAGUCUUCGAGGAUUAGAGUUCUAUAAGCUCGAGCCUUUGGAAUUUAAAGAUUCUGCUAUAAAGACAGAGUCUUCGAGGAUAGAGUUCUAUAAUCUCGAGCCUUUGGAAUUUAAAGAUUCUGCUUCAAAGACGGUCUUCGAAGCAUCUGGACCCAACUUUGUAACCUUGAAAUCUUGAUUUCAGUUUUAAGAACUUUCAAUGUUGAAGUCCUUGAUGCCUGAGGAAUCGAAGCAUCGAAGACUGCAGCUUUCCCAGCUCAAGUCCUAAGAGCUCAAGCUCUCAAGGCUUGAAUUGCAGCUACAGUUUUGAAGACUCAAAGCUCAGUACUCAUUUUCGCAACACUAAAUCAAACAUUUGUGGGCUGUGGUUACACUGGACACGUUCUCCAAUGAAUUGGUGCUUCGACUGACGAAUAUCUGGAGAUCGCUAUGUAUAUAGUUAGAAAUUAUACAUAUUUAAUCGCUUCGAAGUAUCUAGUUAGAGCACCGGUUCCUUCGAAUGACAAGUAUCCAUUGUAACAGUAGCUCUAUUCGUCUCAUUCAUGUUUCUGACGUGUUUACUGUCGAACUGUAGGACACCUGGAAAGUGUCACGAGGUACGGUUAAUAGAACGGACUCGAACGAUUUCUGUUUCGCAAGGAAACACGAGGAUGUCGAUUUUCGCGCCUCGGUGCUCUGAUAGACGAUGGUCUGGCAGCUAAUCCAGGCUCGUAAGAAGCGUCUCGCGCUUCGUUUCUAAUGGAUCGGCUGUAGGAAUUAGUGACCUUAAUGUAACGCUCCAUCUGGGUCCAGUAUAAUUAGAAACGGUAAAUAAAGGGUAACCAUACUUGCUCAUGAAAGUUGAAAGUCGAUUUUUUAUAAGACAAGGGGAUUUCGUAUUCUUUUAGACUCCGACAGCCUAUGUUUUAGAAGAUAAAUACUCAUUCAUUGUCGUUUGAUUGGAUCUCAUUUCCGAAAUGUACGUUCUAUAUCCGUGAGCGUAAACCGGUGAGUCGAACGGACCUCUUGUAAAUUUGAAUGAAAAUAGAGCUUAAGGUACCGCUGUCUAAGAGCUAAAACAGCCGACUGGCUAUUGUUCAUACCUAGAUAAUAGUUGUACAGCCCGUGCGGAGUUCUUCGUGCGCGUGAGUGGCUCGUAAACGAUCAACAGGUGUCAAGAAAAUGAAAUUCCGAGGAGGAAAGCUGUUGCGGCGGGGGCGGACGGCUCAAUUUCCCUGUCGAAGCUCAUUAACUCGAGUAUCGUACCCGCAACUGUGUUCGUAGGGCUCGCGUAGAAGAGUUCGUGGACGCUUUCGCACACGAUUGUUCGUUUUUGAAGACGUAUUUUGAGAACUUGAGAUUUAACCUUGAGAAGAACCGGAGAUCUGUCUCGAGGGGACCGUUUUAGGGUCGAAAACAUUUGAUCCGCGUUAUAAUGUACGAACCAAAUAGAACCAAUGGAAGGUUUCUAGGCGAUUUUGUAACGAUUUCAUACGUUUCGUAUCGUUCCAGAUACUGACUGCUGAAUCAGAUUCUCUGUAAAAAUUGUUCUCUGCGAACUGAGAUUAUCAGGUUGCCGGGGAAUUAAUGGCGAGAUAUAUAUUGUCGGAUCGGCACGUCUAAUUGGAUUCAUUCUUUCGUAGACGGUUCUAUAAAAGUCGGAACAAGGAAAUCUUUUUCUAUAUUUAUGUAAAAGAUAAUUUAUACGUUCUCGUGGUAAUGAGAUUUUCAAGUGAAAUACUUAUUAUUUCAACGGACGCGUUAAGAUCCUGCGCAAUGUACGUUCCGCCAUUGAUUAUCCGCGACACUAAUGUUAUAUUCUCAUUUAACCCAUUAACUGUUAGAUUUCCAUUUAGUUUCGCUAAAUUUUUGAAUUUACUUUCCAUCAAUAUUCAUUGUCAAUAGUUUUGUUAAUUUAUUAAAAUAUGUUGAUAAUUGUAACAGUUAAUGGGUUGAACGACGCUAUUGUACGAAAAGGAAGUAUUUUCAAUUCGACACACUUUCCCCCGACGGAAUAUUAAGGCGAGGGGAGAAUACGAUUUUAUGGUGAAGUAGUGCCUAGUAAUAAUAAAUAACCGAAAUUAGCAAACCUCGUUGACGCGGUUUUUACAAAAUUCAACUGAACAUUUGCCGGGCUUGGUGACAAGAAUCGAACUACCGACGUGUUUGAUGUGUUCCCGAGUUCCUUGUUAAGUAAAUUCCUAGAGUGGUUGGUAAUUCAAGCGUUUAAGAAUCAAUGUGUCUCGAAACUAUACUGGAAAACAUAGUUUUAACGAACGACGGUGCAGAUAACUCUUGUGUAACACGGAUUCGAGUGAAUGCGAAUAAAUGUGAAUUAUCGCCAGCAUUUUCUAUUAUUAUCACAGACUUCAGUAAUAAUCACAGCUUCAUUGAGAUCGCAGAAACGAUUGUUUUUGGUUGAAACUUUAAUCACUGCAAUGAAAAUGAAUAUUUUCGACGAUUACAUGUAUAUAUCGCUGUCACGGUUUCGUGUCGUGCGAGAGUUAUUUGUAACGUCGCGUCAUGAGCGUCAAAAUGGCGGAACGGUCGCCAGGAUGUAUCCAAAGACGAGAGGAUGUCGCACCAACUAUUUAUACACAUAUAUUAUGCAUAUGGCAGAAGAAACUUCUGGCCUCGAUAGCGUGAUUGUUAAAUAUGAACGCAAUUCGAUGUUUGUACUAGUAUGUCACUGUAACGCCACGAAAAAUAUAGUCGUCGAUCGAUUAGUGCGAUUUUGUAGCAACGCAAACUUUCGUAGACGAGAAAGUUUCGUAGAAGAAUCAUCGUGAUUUGAACGUCACUUUAGCUUUUUACACGGAAUUUCUAACUGUCGGAAUGAAAUCAAUGAAAUCACUCGAUACGUUCCUUUCAUAUAUACGCGUUUAUUUCGUAACGAACGUUGCUUUCUCUCGUAAUCGUACAGAACGAACGAUAAACGUUCCACAAGCUUUGCGUUUCAAUUGAAAAUCGUUGAGACACUUCGAAACUAAAAUCGAGCAACGUGUUACUUUGAUUCUUCUACGGUAGAAACUCAACGAGAAAGACAUCCGAGGGUCGUAUUUUUUUACUCGACUAGAGAGUAUAUGAAACGACAAACAGGAAUAUCCGGGAAGACUGAUAAUCGGGGUUAACCUAAGUGGGUGGUUAUAUUUUUAACGGAGACCAUUUUCUAGCUGCCCCUUUUUCACCCCCUAACUGGAAGAGAACGCGACGGAAGUUUCUUUCCUCCCCCGCGAGGCGACUACAAGGCAGAACCUUUUCUUUCGAAAGUAUAGUUUACAGGCCGCCGUUAACCUUUAUCUACGUGUAGCGACAAAAUGGUUCCUGGGUAUCUGAAAUGUCCGCUGCGUCAUGGAUGUUCAAUGACGUUGGAUUCUCGAUGGCCGCGAAGGUCGGCGCGAAUUGGAAAACGAUAUGUAUAUUCAAAUUUCACGGGAUAACGACGGAUCCACACGGAGCGUUAGGCUCGCGGUCGGUUACUAACGAGUUAGUCGGAAUUAGUUUAUAAUCAGAGAAGCUUUUAUACGACGAAUAGCUCAAUUUUAUAUGCUAUAGAUGCAUGUUAAAAUAUUUUGGCACUUUUACUAAUUCGAUAUCGAGGAUACGAGACGACUUGUAAGUGUCCGACGACACCGAUUGUGUACGACGUUAACAAUUAAAACCAGUCGGAGGGUCGAGAGAAUGAUUACCACAUUUCCCUGAUCGCAGCUCGCGGAUCCCGACACCGACGCUUCUGUACUCGCCGACGUUCUGAUUUCUGUCAAUUACGAAAGCUGAUCGUCGUGAUCCGUACACGCACAAAAUCACCACUUUUCUUUUCUCCGAGACCGCGGCGUCCCAUGCAUCGAACCAUUGUAAAAUCGCGCACCGUAAGGAAAGGAUAGUUCGUACGUAUGUACCUUGGUUCAUAGACGUUCAUUGUACCAUAAUAACCGGUCGUGAUUGGAUAUAUUUUUUGUCGUCGAGAAUUUUUUAAUAAACGACAAUUAAGUACUUCCCAUUUUACGUUCAUUCAGCCUGUUCUUUUUCGUCGCGCUUCAAGCUGGUUGUCGGUCGGCCAACUUCAAAUGAACGUUUCGGUUAAUUGGAUAUCGUUACAAUCAUUAGAAUCAGAAUUCAUAGGUAAUGCAUUUCAUUUUGUUCUCUUCGUAUCGUGUUCGUCGAUUUGAUUUCUAUAAUAAUUUUAGUGUUCAUCGCGAUUGCUUUUGAUUGAUCCGGUGUAGGUUGGAAAAUAGCAAAACGGAGAAACGUAAUUGAUUGAUCGAACAUGUCGGAGCACAAUUGCGAGCUCUCGAGGAACUCGACGAACUUGCGUGUGUCCUCCUCCAUGAUGAAAGGCAGAAAGUACACUAUGAAAGAGAAGCUGACACGUAUGUUCAACGUGAGUGCAAACACACCGAAAUCGAGAAUGUAUUUGGACAGUAUGGCGGCCACGUUUGCCGAAGGAAGGAGGCACGCUGCGCUCGAAUAUUGGUGGAUCAUACAUCCUUUUAGUAGGUGGAGGUAAACGAUCGGUCGUCGAUCAACCGUAAGAGAUCAUCGAGUUACUCUAUUUCAUUGAUUCGCAAAAAAUAUAGACAAUAUAAAAUUCAUUGGAAAUCCAAGAGAUCGAAUUUCGAAGCAGAUCAAGUUUUAAAGCAUCAGUCAAAAUGACUGGUUUCGAUUUUUUUGUUUAGCAACUAUCGAUAUUUUCAAAGCAUUGAAUAUUCGAAAUGAUUUCGAAAAUAAAUAGUUCCACUUGAGUACUAUAAUGAAUGCCCGAAGAAACUGAAAACAGUUGUUACAGUUUUUAUAGGAAUUGCAUAUUAAUCGUAUUGAAUGCUCGGUAGUUCUAGUGUUAAACAAGUAUCAAGUGAUAUUUUCUGGGAUUAACGAUUAAUCUAAUUUCUAGAUUCUUUUGGGAUCUGAUCAUGAUGGUUGUUUACAUGAUCGCUUUUCUAUCGAUCCCAUUUAUGAUUUGCUACGUAGUGAUGAGCCACGACGCGAUUCGAGUAGAUAAUUUUAAUAUCCUUAUUUAUACCUUCUGUUGGGUGGACAUAGUGGUGAAUUGCGUCAGUGGGUAUUAUGAUAAGAUGCAAAUGCAAGUCGAAUUGGAUCCUUGGAAAAUAAUCAAGUAAGAUUAUCACAUUCCUUCGAAUGUACGGGACUAUUUCCUUUUUGAAUGAUUGAUUGUGGUGUGUGAUUACAUUUCCGUUUAGACAUUAUCUUAAGACAUUCUUCACUUUGGAUGUCCUCACUUCCAUACCUUGGGACUACAUAACACUAUCAUGGCGGAAACUCCCUGGAACGCAUAAGUACUACGUGAUCAUUCUGCUGAAUUUGUUACCACUUCUGAAACUUGCGCGUUACAAUCACAUGACCACUAUACUCUUUGAAUUAUUCACGUACCUGGGCGUGAUGCAUUUGUACUACGAACUAAUCAUCACUUUAUUAUUGGCUGUGUACAUGAUGUUUUGGUGUGCCUGUCUCAGCUAUUUAAUACCAGCCUUGAUGCUGCAUUUGACAAACACUACACCUGAAGAUUGCGAGGAAUGCUGGAUGACAGGAUUGGAUCACGAAUACAUUAGCUCCAGGUUCCAGCACUCGUUUUUCAUGGUUAUCGAGAAGGUUUCAACAAGUGGUUACGGAUUGUACGUACCGAUCACAGAUGGACAUCUGAUAUUGAGUAGUUUUCUUAUGAUUAUGGGCAGACUACUCGACUGUUACAUCGUCGUUAUGUUGAUUCAAAUCAAAGUGGGAGCAAAGCAAUCGAAAUCGAAAUUCCACGAGAUCAUGAAUCAAGUUAUCGCCUACACCAUACAGAAACAGCUGCCGACACAUAUGAAAAAUCGUCUUCUGAAUUACUACAAGUACCGUUUUCGAUACAGCUAUUUUCGAGAAAAAUCGAUCUUGAUGAAUCUCUCAGAACAACUACGAAUGGACAUUGCGUUCCAGGCGAAUCACCGUUUGGUCGAAAACGUAGCCAUUUUCAAAGCUCUGCCGAAACACGUGCUACGAUCGAUCGUGAAAAACUUGAAAUUCGAGCUGUAUCUGCCUAACGAUGUAAUCGUGAAAGCUGGCGCUCACGGUGAUUGUAUGUUCUUUAUAUCCGCUGGAACUGUCGCUGUUCUGACACCCACGGGAAAAGAGAUCUGUCAUUUGGACGACGGAGCGCAUUUCGGCGAGGUGGCGUUGUUGGUGCCCGAUCAAAGGAGAGUCGCGAGUGUGAUCGCGAUCGAGGUGUGCGAGGUGUAUCGUUUGGAUCGCAAGGACUUCCGGAAGUGCAUCGCCGUGCAUUCGGAAUUGUUCGCGAAACUUGAAGGGAUCGCGACGGAAAGGAUCCAGAGGGCUGUGGACAUCGAAGAGCAGCACAAACGAUACCUUCUGCGUAACUCCUCGCACGAUCAGCAUCGUCGUGGAACAAUGUUUUAAUCGAUGGACUUAAUUUCAGGAUAUUGUUGAAUAUAACAUUGUUAACCGUAACAUAUUGUUGUCUAAUGACACUGAACCAGUAUUACCGUAUCAAUAUGCAUAUUUUGUAUUAAUUAUAGAUUUAAUGAACUGUGAAGCUCUCUUUGAAACAUUCAAUUAUUAAGAUACCUUUCCCAUUAUUCUCUAAAUUAUAUUAGAAACCUUUUGUUAUAUGUUUUUGAUUUUUCAAAAAUACCAGAUCGUAGAAAUCGUAGAUCAAUUAUGUCUGAGGAUCUGAAACUAGUCUUCAAAGAAUAAUCACGUUGAUUGUUUAACCAUAUAUUUAAGGAUCUUAUAUAUUAUUAUUGUCCAUACAUUGUUUGUAUAGUAGCAUUCCUUUAUAUCUACCUUUAUUUUAUAAUUAUACUUUUAUAUAUAUUUAUAUAUUAUAUUAUAUUAUAUUAUAUUAUAUUAUAAUAUAUUAUAUUAUUUUAAUCGUUACC